AGCCGUCAUAACAGAGGCGUGGACUUUCCCUUACGACCCGAAGCCCAUUGUGGAGACGAGGGGAACCUGGUCGGUGGAGGAUGGCCUUUACCUGUGCCCCCAGCUGGCCCAAGGACCGACCUCCUUCGAAGGAAGGACACUCAGGGUUGGAAUCGUAGACGAUCAAUACGUCACCAUGGAAAAGCUUCCCAAUGGAGAGCUCCAAGUCUCCGGGUUCUUGGGAACUCUGCUUAGCUUCCUGGAAGAACGACUAAAUUUCAGGGCCGAGAUUCACGUUCCGGAGAGGCACAUCUUGAAGGGGAAUCUUACAGCGGGCGGCAUGCUCGGGAACGUGUACAAGCGCCAGCUGGAGAUCGGCCUGGCCUCGUUUGCCAUUGUGGAGGAGCGCAGAGCCCUGGUGGACUUCACGCCUCACAUCGAGUCCACGCAUCACAGCUUCCUCAUCAGAGACCCCACGCUGGCGCUGCCCGAUGACGAGGUGAACUGGACGGCCUACCUGGCGCCGUUCGGCCGCUCCGUGUGGUUGGCGCUGCUCGGGGUGGCCGUGCUGGCGUGGCUGGCGGCCGGCGCCACCCUGUGGCUGCUCUCCGGGCCGGUGGACACGCGCUCGUCGGCCGCCGACUCGGCCUGGAUCGUCACCGGCACCGUCCUCCAACAGGGCACUGGUCUCCAGCCGAAUACGCUGUCGGCCCGCCAGGCGCUGAUCUGUCUGUGGAUGCUGACCAUGCUGCUGUACACGGCCUACACCAGCAACAUCGUCUCCCUGCUGGCCUCCAACAGGUUCGCCAUGCCGUUCAGCACGCUGCAAGAGCUCAAAAACCUGAAGGACUGGAAGAUACUCAUCCGUGAAAAUGGUUUUGAAUAUCAGUUUCUGCAGAAGCUGCAGACUUUUGAAAGCCGCCGUUAUAUGUUCAUCGAUGACCUAGAAGCUGGAAUAGAUCGCGUUCUGCAAGGUGGAAAAUAUGUCCUCUUUUCACCGGUUGCAAACAUUGAGGCAACGGUCGAAGCCGACUGCCGUCUCAUCUGGGCACCCAUCAAACUGGCCUACAGCAGAGGACACGCCAUUCUACAAAAAGAUCUCCCGUAUGGGGAUCGAAUUUCAAACGCCAUCCAAGUGCUGGGCGAGGCCGGCAUCAUCGCCGAGACGUGGAGGAAGGAGACGGAGGCAAAGAGGCUGUGCACCGAGACGAAUGCUCUGCCGGCAAUGUCGCUGCGGCACACGCUGCCCGCGUUCGCGCUGCUGCUGCUGGGCCUGCUGAUCAGCGCGGCCGUGCUGGCUGCCGAGAGACUCUGGCGUCGCUCCGACGGCCGCUCCCGGCAGUACCGCCAGAGGCACCAGCUCGCGCAGCGCUGCCCGUCCGUCAUCAUCACCUCACCCGAGCCGAUCCCUCCGCCGCGACACCUGACGGCCGGCCGCGACUGCCACCUGGCGGCAGACGAUCGAACCACCGCGGCGCCGCUGUUCGACUGGCCCGUUUCGUCCAGUGCUCCGGUGCGGUACCUUUCCACUGGGUCGGGCCGACCGUCGUCACACAGCGCCGACUCGACGGUGACGGACGCCGAGGUGCCACAGCACCACGUGCAGGUGCUGGUGCACCGGCGGCUGGCCAGCGCGGCGGGCCGGGGCUCGGCGGUCGGCUGGACGGACGGGCCGGGCCCCGGCGACGUCCCGUCCACUGUCCCUGAUCCGCACAGAGACGGCGCCUGAACUCACUCAGUGGUGAACCUGUGCGAGAAACACGCACCAGCUGCCCGGCUCGCUGGCAUUGCUUAUACACCGUUCACUGUCACGGUGUCACGGUUGUCACGAUGCAUCGUAGUGCACACCUGCCUUGUUUUGAGUUUUUUUUUUUUACUUCCGGCGACACAUCCACGUUGAAUGAUCUACAAUGCAAUGUUUGUAAUGGUUGUAUGCACUUUUUAAUUUGUCAACUGAACACUGGCGGAACCGUUUACGACGCUUAGAUAAACAAA